CUUUUUUUCCCAUUUACCACUUGCUUCUUAUUUGAACAUUGAUCGCAAACCCUGUCAUUCAGCAGCAUGGACUCGCCUCUACUCCCUACAUUCAAGCACGGUGCUGAGGACACGACCAACCUAUUAUCUGAUCUAUCCAUCGCAGAUUCACCACAGAGCCAUGCCUCAGGCUCGAAAUCUCGAUUCUCUUUCCUCCCACGCGGAGAUCAGGAUGGCCAAUCGUCUAGCCGUGACGAUGUGCUGAGAGAGAGCUUGUACGAACUCAAGCAGAUGAACGAGGUAUUCGAUGGGUUUCUAGGGGCUUUAGAAGCUGCUAGAGGGCACAAUUUGCGACUCCAAACGCGAGUGAGGGAAACGCACGCUCUGCUCGAUAACUAUACGGCUUUGCUCGGUCAAACGGAACAUGCUCAGCGAUUGAUACUCAAUUCAGCAUGGACAGGCGCACAGGAUGACGAUGCCGCUAUCGAAGCGGAGCAACAGGCUCAAAGGGUUGCAGAGGCCGCCGCGGCUCUCGAACCUGAGCGGAAAGCUGAAGCGGCCAAGCUGGCAGAGGAGCGUAAAGCGGCGGUAGUCGCAUCUCAAGACAAGGCAAAGGAUCUAGGGACGUUGGGAAGAGGUGGAUCAAGGAUACCUUCGCGUGGUAGAGGAGGCCCACCUCCGUCCAGGACUACGUCGGCUUCUUCUGGGAUCCGGAAACCUUCGGACGGACUCGGUGGAAAAUAUGCCAGUGUGAGAAGUAGUGGGUAUGGACCUCGGAAAGCGACAUAGGAAAUGUAUUUGGGUGCUUCUGUU